AGCCCAUGCAACUGACAGGCCUGCAUUUAGUACUUCCUGACGUCUCACUGUGACUUUGUAGCUCGGAGGCAAUUUAAGUGAUUUAUUUUCAAAAUACUCGCAUCAGAUGCACAUCCGCCUGCCUCAAACCUAUGACACAGCAAGAGCAACAUGAGUUCAGGGAAAGUUUGGAGGAAGCCCUUUCCUGGAUGCAGGCUGUCCAGGAGAGGCUUAAACAAAAUGAUAACACCCAAGGGCCCAGAUCAGCGCUGGAGGCCAGGCUCAGAGAGACAGAGAAAAUCCAUAGUUCAGAGCCUGAAGGCCAUGUGAAGAUGGACAGGGUUCUUGUGGCAUCUGAAGCUCUGCUCCGAAAUGGAGAUGAAGAGAUGAAGAAUCAGACUCAUUCAAAACUCAAAGAUCUGAAAGCGCUAUGGGAGGAGACGUUAACCUACAUAAUUCACUGCCACAGUCGUAUCGAAUGGGUGUGGCUACACUGGAGCGAAUACCUUAAGGCCCAUGAGGAGUUUGAGAUGUGGCUGGAGAAGAUGCACAGGGCCCUGGAACCACUACUUGAAAUGCAGCUGGGACUGCAGGAGAAACUUUGGCAGGUGGAUCAUCUUCGGGUCAUGCACAGUGACAUCCAAGCACAGGCUCAGUUUCUGGAGAGGCUCCUGGAUGAGGCUGCAGCCCUGUAUAAUCGCACUGAAGACCCCGGUGUAGAUGAGCAGUCUCAGAAGGCACUUCAAGAUGCCUACAACCACAUUCGAGACAGAGCACAGGAGAUGUUGGCGUUAGCACAGAAAAUAGUAGAGGAGCACCAGCAAUACCAAAGUUGUGUUCAUAAAUUCCAAACCUGGCUGGUUUCUAAAACAGAGGAAGUCAGCCGUUUCAGCGAAGUGGAGGACACAACACAGAAUAGACUUAAAGCCCUGAAGAAGCUGGAUGCCAGUAUAGCCAAAGAAGAGCUCACUCUCCAGCACAUUGAAGGCUUGUCUGAGGCGGUGAUGACCAACACGUCUCCAGCAGGUGCAGAGAAGAUCACAGAAGAGGUGGUGGAGUUGAGGCUGGCCUGGCAGCGAUUACGCCAGGCACUGGUGGAGAUUCAUGAACAGCUCCAGAGCUCACUUGUGUCUGAGAGCGAGUAUUCAAACCGCUGUAAACAGCUGUGGUCAGAUCUCGUGCAAAUUCGAACCCUGGUCCAGACCCUCAGCAGUGAUUUGGAGAGCAGAGAUGCAGAGCGGACCGAGGAACACAUUGUAGCUCAAUGGAAGAUGCACACGGGUGUGCGUAACAAGCUCAUCGUAGAGGAGCCCAGGGUGGAAGAGCUGAAAUCCCGGUUGAAAGAGCUAUUCCGAUUCCCACAGGAUUCCAAAGCUCUGUCUGAUGAGAUGCUUGCAGUGAUUAAGGAAUACCAGAGUGUGAAGGGCAGAUCUUUUAGACUGUCCUCUGAAAGUGAGACAGCUCUUCGGCAGAUACUACAGGACCCUCUGUAUGGCUUCAGCCAGUGGAGCCAGACAGUUUCGCAGGUUUUGGAGGCCUCUUCAGAUGUGACUGAAUUCUCUCAUAUCGCUCUGCUCGUGCAGAAUAUCGAGAAGUUACUUAAAAACAGUGUGCAGCUGCAAGAGCGCUUGAGUUUGCUCCAAGUGAAGCGUGAUCUACUCGGCUCUGUUUUUGGCCAGGAGAAAGCGGAUGAUCUGUUAGAGGAGCUCAGCGGGGAUAUGAGGAAGAGAGAGUUACUCCACAGCCAGCUCCAACAGCGCAAGAACCGCCUGCAGGGAUUGAUAUCAAAGACAAAGGACUUUUCAGAUGCCUAUGACUCCAUACACAAAAAGCUGACCUCCAUAAAGGAGAGGUUCCUCACUGUGGACGGACUCCAACCUGACAUUCUAGCCAAGAAAAGCCAGGCAGACCAGCUCAGGGUUAUUAGGAGAGACUUAGAGGAUUGUGAGGCGCAUAUCAUAGCUCUUGAGACGCUGGUGUCAUCCAGCCCAACGAACAGGACAAAGUUUGAGCUUCUGUAUGCUGACUGGAAACUGCUUUAUAAGGCGGUUCGGAUGAAGGUGAAUGAAAGUGAGGAGAGCAUUGCAGAACAUAAGAGUUUCCAUGACAACAUUCUGAAUUUGGAGAAGUGGCUAAUGAUCAUGAGGCAGAAGCUGGAAUCAUUUUGUGGGUCAGAUGGAGAAUGGAGCAUCGGUAACCGGCAACAUGAGGCUGAGAGGGCGCUAGGAGAGUUUCCACAGAAGGAACUACAGCUUCAUCAAACUGAAGCUCAGGGUCAGACUGUGCUGGCUAAGACCUCUGAGGAGGGCAAAGUUCACAUCCUGCAAGACCUUAAACGCCUCCGUGAAUCCUGGAUGUCCCUCCACACGCUUAGUCUCAAUCUGUACAGUCUUUUGAAUAGACAUGCUGUCAUCGGGGGGCAAGAUUCCCUGACACACACAACUGACUUCCUGGACAGAUGGGCAGACGGGCACCAUGAGGGAUCAGGACAUGUAAGAUCUUCAGGCUUUGAAGGGGCUGGUGGUCUUGCCACAGGUGUUGAGGUAACAGGACAGCAUCGCCAUCAGAAGCUUGAUGGACGGUUCCACCAAGGAUCAGAAUCAAGUCAUUCAGAGUUGGAGAGGAACAUGGAAGCAACUCAACAUCAGAUUCUAGUAGUGUUCCCUGAAAAUAUCCGAAGAUCAGGAGGUCCAGAGGUCUGGAGAAGGGAGAGGGGUUACCAUGACAGCUCCAUGUAUGAUGAGGUGGAUGCAGUCACUUCUGGAGGUAACUUUCUCAGGGAGAAUGAGACCAGGAGUGGUGGAAGGACUGGAGAAUGGGUUGAAGAACACAUGGGCGGUUCCGGGAUUGAAGAUUUGGACAUGCAAGGCAAAUAUGGAUUUUUAAGUGGAGCUCACACUGCUGAUGCACAGAAAAGGAUGCAGCCAUCUGCAAUCAAACCAAAAGAGACCACGUUGGCUUACGACUCAGUUGGUGACACUCAGAUGGGCUCUCAGGGGCCCUUGCAUCAUGCUGACACGGGGGCCUUGUGGAGAGAAUUUGAUGAGUGGCUUCACAAAGAAAAUUACAAACUCACAGGAAUUCUGAACAACCAAAGGGCCCUGAGCGCCAAAGAACUGAGGAUAAGACAGAAUACACUCAAGGGUUUACGUGCCAAUGUCACCUGGGGUCAGACACAAUUCCAUAAGUUGAUGGCUGCUCGGCAGAAUAAUCCAGCAGAACAGGAUGUGGAACAAGAGGAGUUGCGAUAUCGCUGGAUGUUAUACAAGUCCAAACUGAAAGAGGCUGGAGACCUCAGAGGUCUUUUGAAACGCAAGGGUGUCACUGGACAAGGGGAGGAGCAUGUGCGAGCUGGAAAGCAGAGCAGUGGUCCCGGGUUCCUGUACCGCGUAUGUUGCAUGGCUCUUCCUUUCCAGCUCCUGCUAUUUGCCCUGCUGCUGUUGGCCUUCCUGUUGCCUAUGAUGGACGAGGGCACCAGCUGCUCACUGUCCAACAACUUCGCCCGCUCUUUCAACAUCAUGCUGCGCUUCGAUGGACCACCGCCCACUUAAGCAUGGACACAAUGGGUACUCUGGCUGCAUGGUCAAAAAAAAAAAGAAGAAGCUUUUAAUAACAGACAGCAAUUUGUAGAUGUUUAAUUAACAUAGUUGCUUAAAUAUUUUUAUCAUCGUUCCGUUAUGUAAUUUUUAUCAUUGUUCUGUUUUAUGUGGUUUAUUUUUGGUUCUCAGCUGGUUUUAGUGCACUGUAAACACACUGGUGGACCCAGUGUGCGCGUGCGUGUGUGCGCGUGCGUGCGCGCGUGUGUGCGUGCGCGUGUGCGUGCGCGCGUGUGAGUGAGAGUGAGAGUGAGAGUGUGUGUGAGAAUGCGUGCUUGCGAGAGAAUGGCAUUGACACUCACAACCUGCUCUACAUGACUCAAGCUAUUCAAGUCUCUACUAGCAUUUGGAGAAACAAAAGCAGCCUUUAAAAAAAGAGCAAAACUCAUUGAAAGAGAUCUCUAUUCAGGAGCAAUCUAAAAUCACUUGUGUUGUUUCUAGCUACUCAAGGCAGAUAAGGAAUUUGUGUCAGAUUUCUUAUACAUUUAUAGGGACAGUUCACCCAAAAUUGAAAAUUAUGUUAUCACUUACUCACCCUCAUGUCAUUCCAAACCCGCAUGACUUUCUUCUUUGGAACACAAAGAGAUGUUAGGCAGAAUGUUAAGGACUGAGAAAUGAAUUCAUGCAGGCUUGAAACAAUGUGAGUGUGAAUAAAUGAUAACAGAUUUGUCAUUUGUUGGUGAACUUACCCUUUUUACAGAACUGUGCAUGUUUUUGACAUACCACUUGUUUUGCUCAGGCUACUCAACAACUAAACUUGUUGUUUGAUCGAAGGAUUUAACUUAUCACUGUGUCCCGGGUAUUGAUUCUGAUGUCAUUGACAGACUCUAUAUAAAUGUUCCUAAACUAAGCUCAUGCUUUUCAUGCAUUGGUGGCCUGCCAUUUAGAAAUGGAAACUGCCUUUUAAUAUCAACAAAGACAUUCCUGUAUGUCUUCACCAGAAACAAAUCACUCCUUAACAUAGGUGCUAUGCACAUUUGUGUCUCAAAUAGACAGAAUAGUUAUUUUAGAUGAUUUUGGAAAUCAGUAUUGCAUAUUCUCAUUGUUUGACUUAACACUCAGUUUUGACAUUUGCUUGCUUCUGAUCAUUGUCAUAUGUUACUUUAAUCGUGUUUUUGUAGUUCAUGUAGUAUAAAUAGCCUUGUUUGGGGUGAAUGUCCUUUUUUUUUUUUUUUGGGAGAGAGAGAAUUGUUUUGUUUUUUCCAAGCAGUGUCUCAACUGGGAGUUCUAAGAGCCCAUUUGUUCUAAAAGCAUCAGAGGUCGAGCUCAGCUAUUGUAUUAGGACCACAUACUAAAGGUCAUUUUUCCAUGAAUAGAAUACAAAUAUAUAUGAUUUAUAUUUGUCCAGAACGAUGAAGGCUUUUCUGGCUAAAGCUCUGCCUCUCAGAGUUGGCCAAAAUCAUAACCUAUCUUUGCGUUAUUUUAAAGCUUUAUGCUUGUAAUGUACGACAAAUUAAUUAGAAUCUGGAACAACUUGCAUGGCUUUAAGCAAUGUAGCUCAGUAGUAUUACAUACGAGCACCGCUUUUAUCCUGUAGCAAAAUGGAAAUAGUUUUUAGUGCUCUUUUAAAAUCUUAUUCAGAAAUCUCUGCAUAUCUUAAAACAAAACUGCAAUAUUAAGAUUGUAAUUUCUGUUAAAGGAAUGGUUAACCCAAAAAGGUUAAUUCUUUCAUUAUUUACUCACGCUUAACUCGAUCUCGUAUGACUUUCUUUCGUGGAUCGCAAGCAAAGAUAUUUUGAUGGAGAUAUGAGUUUUUUUUGUUCAUGCAAUGAAAGACAACGUUGUUGAACACUUUCAAGCUUUAAAAAAGACAUGAAGGCAGAAUAAAGGUAAUCUAUACAACUCUUGUGGUUUAAUCCAUGUCUUCUAAAGCUAUACGAUCAGUUUUGGGUGAGAAACAGACCAUGUACACACGCCCUGUGCAUAUGUCAUGCACUAGGAAGUGUAAUCAAGCUUCAAAUGAUGAUGACAAUGAAAAGGACUUAAGGUUCUGUCUGUUUCGCACCCCAAACCACACUUCAGAAGACAUGGAUUAAACCACUUGGAGCUUGAAAGUGUUGGUCCCCGUGAUAUAGUCACAUCAUACCGCUUUGAAAAUAUAUUUGUGUUCCACAGAAGAACAAAGUAUGAGUUUGAGACGACAUAAGGCUGAGUAUAUGAUGAGUGAAUUUUCAUUUUUGAGUGAACUUCUCGUUUAAUAUGUCAUCCACUAUAUAAUGUUAAGUCCAAAUUGCAAUGUAGUGCACGCACAAAGAAAGGGACUCAACAGAAAAUAUGCUGCAUUCAUUAAGUAAACUGUUAUGUUGAAGCUUGGCACUUCAAUUUAUUGCACUGCUAUAUAGAUUGUAUUUAAUCUCUUUUAUGUCAGUGCAAACCCUUUACUGGUAUAGAUUUCAUAAAUUAUACUGUAUGUUACUUAAGACUGCAAAUGCUGUACUGGUAAACUGUAAAAUGUGGUUAAAAGAAUCAGCGCUUAUUAGCAAUGUAUGCUAAAAUUUCUAACUAAUUUACAGCACUGUGUGCAUGGAAAAGAGCUUUUCUCAUAGGAAAAUUACUAUAUAUUGUACUAUCGCAAUACUGGACAUUAUUUUCAGAGAUGGCUGACUAAACUGAAUGCAAGAUGGGUGAUGUACAAGCAUGUAGAAAUUAUAGUAAUAUUUAAAAGUAAAGUAGCUUUUCAAUGCAUGGAGGAUUAUUAUAAGACAAUGUAUUAACAAAAAAAAAAGAGUUAAACAUGUAUUUUAUUACCAUAUUUUGGAUGAAACUCUUAUAUUGUAUCUUAUAUAUAUAUAUAUAUAAGCAUAUAACCAUUAUUUUUGUAUUUUAUCCCAAGCAAUAAACAUG